AUGAAUAACAUCGCUCAAUGCAUACCGCAUUUCACACAUGAGGCAAAGAAGAACACUCUGUUCCCGCUGAUCAAGAAGUCAACUGAGGAGAGCUUGGAGCAGAAAGACGACACUUUGAUGGUGAUUGCGAAGAAUUUCGGGGAAUGGUGCUACACAUUACGCGACGUACUGGACCAGUUGGACCUGUGCUGGGUAUUGAACACGUACUGCAAGAUUUGUCAAGUGGCACUGUCAAAAGAGGAGAACGCUACGCAAAAAGUGAUGCUGACAAUGUGCCGACGGAUGACCGGAUUCAAUCUACCGUGCAUGGUUCAAAUGUUCCCGAAAUCUUUCGAACGACUUCUACCGUUUGUCGAAGCUUUCGCGACGGAUUCUGAUGAUGAAGUGCGAUUAUCGUUGGCUUCUUCUUACCAUGAGAUCUUGAUGCAACACGAGGAGAAAGCAGAGCUUCUGCAGCCGUUUAUCGAGUUGAUUCGUGGAGGGUCACCAGAAGUAGUAGCAAAGUCCAAGCAGUACGAGCAUACGGCCAAGGAAGCGUGA